UUGCGAGUAACGAGCGUUACAAUCGCGGAUCACUCACCAGUCUCGAUCGAUAUUUUGUACCAGCGACACCUGCUUCGCUUUAUUUUUAAAUAAAUAUAUAUAUUUUUAUUUAAGUUAGUUACAUAAAAAAAACCCCAAAAGAGUUUGAGUCAUGACGUAGCUACAGUAACCGGUUUAGGGUUGAGGGGACUGUACUGGACACUAAAAUGAAGAUGUGGACACUGUUGCUGGUGAUAACGCUGUCCAGUGAAGCGUGGACACAAAGCAACUAUGCAUCCCAAGGCAAUAGUAUUGAAUAUCAACCAGGAUUACCACCAAGCACAAUACUCGAUGGCAAAGUUACUAAAUUGGACGAGCUGUCACCGAUAAUAUUUCUCAAUCGUACAAAGGCCUAUUUGAAUUGUAGUCAAGGUAGUAUGCAGGUGGAAUUAAAGUUUGAUGAGCCAUUCUACGGUGUUGCCUACGCUGAUUUCGAUCGUAACAGCGCCUGCAUGGUAAAGGGACGUGGGUUUAAUUAUGCUGAAUUGGAACUGCCUUUAAAAGGAUGCGGUACAAAACAAGAUCCUCAGCGUGUUUUUACCAACAACAUUGUGGUUCGUUUUCAUCCGGGACUCGAAAUGGAUGGGGACGAAGUUAUUACGAUAAUAUGUCGUUAUCCACCGCCAAUAACACCAAAACCAUCAAUAGCCGAACAAGUAUUACCACCAAUACCCGCAGAAGGAGGAGUACCCGAGCCGCCACUAAAAGGUUUUCAAAUUUUGCUAACAAUUUGUGCUCUCCUUUUCCUCUCAUUGUUACUACUGGGACUGGGAUGCUCGUAUUUGUGUCUAAAACGACGCAAUAUCCGGGUAGUUCAUCGACAUCCAUUUGGAAGUGCAACGGGAUCUGAAAUAACAAAAUUAUCCGGCUCUUCGCUCGGUCAUCUUUCGAUGUUUGAGGGUCUUAAAAUACCACGUGCCCACACAUUAUUACACACGGCCGCCUCGUCUUCAGGUAGCGAGGCAAACCUUGUAAUCGAUCAUUCAGACACUCUUCCAAGCGAUUACCCAAGCGAGAGUCACUCCGAAGUUGGUAUGGAGACAACAAACGCCUACGGUUUUGAUGAAAUUAUACACUCGACUCGUUCUACAACGUCAUUGACACCUGGACUAUCCCAAAUCGAUGAAGUACGUUCACUUCCGCCUUCUUCAAUGGAUUCUUAUGACAACAAAGCUUAUAUACAUGAUCACCAAAAUAUACAUGCAAGUUCAUUAUAUUCUGAAACAAUGACCGAUAUUGAUUCAACGCGAGCAACAACUGCUACGUCACGAAUUACUACUCGACAUCCGAUAGCCGGUUCUGUGGAACCGAAAUUCGAUGUGCAAAUGAGGGUUAAACGAGCUCCACCACCACCAAGUCCAUUGCCAUCAGAAUCUGAUGCCAGUAUUGCUUUAGAGCGUAAUUUAACGACAAUCUUGGAACGGGAAGAAACAAUUCGUUCAAUGGAAAGUCCUACCCCGCGUAUGACAACGUUCUCAUAUGUACCAGAGCUUCAUAGUCCCCCUAGUAGUAUGAUAUCCCGUCAGCAGACACCGCCAGUUUACUCGAGAAUCUUACGUAAACAAGCAGAACGUGAGAGUCACGAGAUAAUAAACGGAUCAACAGUACAACAAGGAUCACCUGCUACGACACUACACCGCCCGCGUUCUUUGACAACACUUGAAGAGUACACGGAAACGAGGACAAUGACCGAAAUGACAGAUGCGUCACACGCCAAAUACAGAGUCGCAAGUAUAUUAGCACCUACACCACCACCACCACCGCCAAUAGUACCAACAACAACAACCCACACAUCUACAUCUAUUCAGCAGCGUGAACAUAUUCGUGAGGAGGUUGAACCCCUCGUUGAGCCAGUCGUUGCACCUAGACGUCCUGAGAUAACGACGCACGAAGUUGAUGACGUAUUUUUACGUACCGUCACCGAGAAAAAAACAAUUGAGGAUGUUGAACGUCAUAAGCGACAAGUCACAGAAUACUAUGCUCGUAAACCAGAUCCUAAAUGGGACGUCACAAUUCGUAACUAUCCCGCAGAUGAAAUUCCACCAGCACCACCGCAGUGGGAAAAUUUCUCAGAUGUCAGUUCGGCAUCUAAUUUAACAAUAAUCAAUGAUCAUAUACAUAUGCGUUCUGCGGAUGAAGUUGAUUCGACAAUAGAACCAACAUACAGUCGCGCAGAAAUGCCAUCACGAUCGCCCCAUGGUUUAGAUUCCGAGAGUAUGGGUGAUCAGUGGGAGACACUUUCACGAGUAUUAGAACCGCAGUAUGCCGGUGAAUUGACAGACGAUGAACGUGAAAAAUGGCGGGAAGUUAUUACCACAGAAAGUACUCUACGGACAUUAUUGUCAGAGGCUAUUGUUAAAGAAGAUUAUGAAUUAAUUAGAAAAGAUGCUAGGUACCAGACUUUAUUCCCACCAGCAAAAUGGGAUGUUAUUAUAAGAAUAUUAAGUCCACCACCAGCUUCUUCAAUAGCAUCUAGUAAGAGUGGACAGAAAUAUAAGCGUAGCAAAGGCUCGGAGUGGGACAGCAGAUCGAGAAGAUCUUCUUUGCCCACUUUAUAUGAGUAUGACAGUGAUGGGGGCACGUCUAUCAGGACUCAUGAUGUUCCGGGUGCACCGUCUGAAGAUCGUGCACGUCGUUUAAGUACAAUGACACGAACAGGAAGUGAAGUUGAUCUGAGAUCUGAAUCUGAGACUAUCAGAAACUUUAAAAUGCAAAGAGAUGACGUAAGUGUCAGCUCUUAUGAAGCGGACUCAAUUGUCAGAUCACUAAGUCAACCGAGUUUAGCAAGAUCCUCAGAAUUUGCUGAACACUGGGGACUGCCGGCAAGAAACUUGCGUACUUGGGCACCUGAACCUGAAGACAUUGCCAGUUCGCCGGACACCACGCCGAUGGCUAUCAGACGAGGUGAUCGAGUUGAAGUCAUGACCUCCUUCGACUCAGGCAAUCAUCCUGGUCCAGGUGGACUUACCAGCACCUUCACCCGAUCUACGAGGUACUCGGAAAGAGAAACUGUACGAGUUACUGAAGCUCCUAGACAUUCUGGCUGGUUUCACGACGAUUCAGAACCCGAAAUGCAAAUUUAAAUAAUUUACGAACGAAAAUUAUUAACAGUUUUCUUAUUAUAGAUCUUUUUACUGUAAGAUCUUUUUUAAAAAUAAUUUAAAUUACGAACAAUUCCAUUGAUCUUAAUUUGUCAAACAAAGAAUUCAAUAGCCAGCUAAAUUCGGUGCAUUGAUUUUCCCAAAUUAAAACAUACUGCUCAACUAUUUCCAAUAAUUGCGGAAAAUUUAAUUACCGACCUACAACUAAUUAAUUUACUAUUUUAAUUAAUUUACCAUUUAGUUGAUAAUAUAUAUGUUUGUUAAUUGCUGGUUAGAUCAGUGUAAUAAAUUUUUUUUCCUUUUCAACGACUGAAUAAUUUUGUUUGACAAAUCAAAGAUCAUUGAAUCGAAGCACCGAACUUGCCGAUUUUAUGAAUGAAUAGAUAAAUAUAUUUUUUUUUUAUAAUCUAUACAUUUACACUGCCAAGAGUUCCGUACUGACGAUGGAUUAUUUUUUUAUUAUAAAUAAUAAUAAUGAAAAACAAAAUAAAUCCAACAUUACAUUGCCGAUUUAGAAGACUUCGAUUCUUCAUUAAUCGAUACUGCAGUCAUUUUAUAACAAACAUGUAUCUAUAUAGAUAUAUAUUUAAAUACUUUAG